AUAAUUGUUAUGACUACCUCAUUUAUACUAGUAUUAUGCUACUAUAUGGUAUAUUAUCUUUAAGAUAUUAUGUUAUACUGAAUAUAUUAAAUUUGAGAAAAAAAUUAAAAAAGAAAAAAAUGUCAUGCAUAUAACAGCAACAGCAUAACGCUAUAUAAGACCGUCGUUGAGGAGGGUUGAUGGCGUGGCUAAUGAUAAUAUAAAGAACCUCAGAAUCAUUAAUUGGAUGGGAGUCGCACAAGACCAAGGCAAUUGGCUAAGUUGGAACUAGACACGGGUUUGAUGCUCCGAGGAACCAUCUGGUGAUGAAUUUAUGCAUUUAAUCAGAAACUGGUUGCACAGGGCACUUUUACACUACCUAAACGCCCAAGGACUAGCAACUAGUAUAUAAGCCUUAGUUUAUCACGUCAGUUACAUAGUGGUUAAUCAGCUGCAGAGAAGCAAACAUGAAAACUAUCUUGGUUUGUCUUUUGGUAGCAGGAGUAUCCCUUGCCUCAGAGCACAGGCUGAGGAGGAGCCUGGGACAUGGAGUGCUGGUUCCCGGUGCCGUGGCUCAUGGUGUGGUCCUCCCUGGAGCGGUGGCUCAUGGAGCCGUCAUUCCAGGAGCGGUCGCUCCAGGCGUUGUAGUUCCAGGAGCUGUUUCUCAUGGAGCCGUCAUUCCAGGAGCUGUUUCGCAUGGAGCCGUCAUUCCAGGAGCAGUAGCACCAGGAGCUGUCGUCACUGGACCUGUCUCUGCUGCCGCCGCUUUGGCCGGUCCAGUUAAUGGAGGUGCCGCCCUCGCUGGUCCAGUCAACGGAGGAGCUGCUCUUGCCGGUCCAGUUAACGGAGGCGCUGCCAUCGCUGGCCCAGUCAAUGGUGGAGCUUAUCUUACUGGCCCAGUCAACGGUGGUGCUGCUCUGGCUGGUCCAGUAAAUGGUGGUGCUGCUUUGGCCGGUCCUGUCAACGGUGGAGCCGCAUUGAGUGGUCCCGUCAACGGUGGUGCCGCCCUCACCGCCCCCGUCAACGGUGGUGCCGUCUUGACUGCCCCCGUCAACGGUGGAGCCGCUCUUGGAGCCCCAGUCAAUGGAGGAGCUUACCUCACCGCCCCCGUCAACGGAGGAGUCGCCCUGGGAGCCCCAGUUGCUGCUGCUGCCCACCUCGGUGCUGCAGCAUGGGGCGUGCCAGGCGUGGUAGGAGGUGUUUAUGGUGCUGCUCACGGACAUUGGGUGCAUUAAUGCUGUGAUUAACAUGAUAUGACUCUGGCUGAUGCUUGAACCUUGUAAAUAAAUGUUGAUUUAAAAAAGAAAGUUUUUCCAUGACCCUUUAUAUCAUUAUUUAUUGGUUAAUCUAAAUAAUUUACUAAAAAG